CUCUCCAAGAGUCCAAGGUACAUUCUCACUUUCUCUGAAGCGACUGAGAAAAUGAAAUUGGAGAGGUUAGUGCUGCUUAAUACUAGAUCAAUAUCCAAUUAUGAUCAUCAUUUCAAUCAUUCAUUUCUAUAUCCAGAGAUAAUUGUGAGGAAUUAUUAUGGUUCAGGAGCUAAUAAUAGAGUAACACAACUUGUACGUUUUGUGAAGUAUGAGUGUAAAUCUGGAAGGAUUAAGAAACUUGAUGAUGGUUUAAGAUACUUUGAUCAAUUGAUUUUGGAAUGGCCAUUGCCAUCUAACAUUACAUUUAAUCACAUAUUGAGUUCUCUAUCGAAGAUCAGAUGUUAUUCAGAUGUCAUUAUGUUGUAUAAGAAGAUGAGCUUGGUCGGGGUACAACCCGAUAUUUAUACAUUCAACAUUUUGAUUAAUUGUUACUGUCAAUUAGGGAAGCUGAAUCAUGGGUUUUGUUUGCUUGGAGAGGUUAUUAAGAGAGGCCAUUGUCCUAAUGUUAUCACUUUCGGUACACUGAUUAAUGGGUUGUGUCAACAAGGAAAAGUUGAUUCUGCAUUCGAAGUGUUUGGUAAAAUGACUCAGGCAGGCAUUCAACCCAAUGCGGUUGCAUGUAAUAUUCUUAUACAUGGGCUUUGUACAACCGGUAAAGUCGGUCUUGCUCUUCAGCUAAAAAACAAGAUGGGGAAAUGGAACUGCAGACCUGAUGUUUUUUCUUAUGGUACCAUCAUAGAUACUCUUUGUAAAGGAGGUCUAGUUGACAAAGCUUUGGUUCUCUUCUCCGAAAUGCUUAGAGAUUCAAAUGUUGUUGCGUACAAUUCUUUGAUUAAUGGACUUUGCAAUUCAGGUCGGUUUAAGGAGGCAAAGAGGUUCCUCCAAGAGAUGGCUAAUAGAGGAAUCUCUGCAGAUGUAUGGACAUAUAGUUGUUUGAUUGAUGGUCAUUGCCUUCAUGGUCAUUGGGAAGAAGCAAGGAGAUAUUUUGAUGAAAUGAUGGAUCGAGGGAUUUCACCAAAUAUAGUAGCCUUUAAUAUAUUAAUAGAUUCACAUUGUAAAGAUGGGAUGAUGGAAGAUGCUUGGGGGUUAUUUAAAUUAAUUGACAGGAUAAACAUAAAACCGAAUCAGAUUACUUAUAACUCAAUGAUUGACGGUUUGUGUUUGACAGGUCGGCUGCAAGAAGCGGUUAAACUGUUUGACUCGAUGGUGGAUAGGAGCCUUGAGCCAGAUGAGAUCAUCUACAAUGUGUUAAUUGAUGGGUAUUGCAAGAAUCGUAACUUAGACGAAGCUAUGCAAUUAUUCGAGAAAAUGAAACAAAAUGGAAUGAAACCCUCUAUAGUUCCUUACAAUAUACUUUUAAGGGGAUUAUACCGGGUUGGAAGAAUGAAGACUGCACAAAGGUUUCUUAAUGAGAUGCAAUCUUUUGGUCAUUCUCCUAAUGAAGUCACAUACAGUACCUUAUUGGAUGGUCUCUGCAAGAAUGGAAAAAUGGAGGAGGCAAUAGAAUUGUUUGAAUCCAUGGAGGGUAUAGGAAUCUCAGCUGAUAAUUACACUUACAACAUUCUUAUUCAUGCUUUGUCUAAGGCUGGCAGGUUAGCAGAUGCAAGAAAACUGUUUAAUGAGAUUACAAUAAAAGGAUUAGUUCCUGAUGUGGUAACAUAUAACACAAUGAUGGUGGGCCUCUUUAAUAACAGAAUGUUCUUGGAGGCUAACAAACUAAUCUUCGAAAUGGAAGGGAAAGGUUGUUUACCUUAUUCUAGAACAUAUGAUAUUAUCAUUAUGGGAUUCCUUGAAGGAAAGGAGACUGAGAAGGCAUUACAGUUUCUUCGAAUGAUGCGUGAAAGAAAAUUUGCACCAAGUGAUUUUGUUGUUCGUUUGUUACUAAACACGCUCUCCGUGGAUGAAUUAAAAAAUCUCUAGCUUUGUAUUUUUCUUGUGAAGCCGCGUAAAUCUCUAUUGGCGCAACAUUUUGCUUGAAAAUACAGGGUUUCUUUACUUGCCUCUUUAUGCUCCUUGGAGAGUGAACUUGUGGACAUUUGUAUGGAUUGUAGACUUGUAGAUACACCUUGAUGAAAAACCAUAUAGUAUGGGUUUUACUAUGUUCUUUUGGGUCA